AUGGCUGCACCCAAGAUCAUCCUAUACACCAACCGCGCCUGCCCCUGGGCACACCGUGCCCACAUCGCUCUGCGCGAAACAGGCCUGGACUACGAAGAAGUCGGCAUCAACCUCGACAAGCCCCGCGAGCCGUGGUAUCUGGAAAUCAACCCGCGCGGCCUCGUCCCAAGCCUCUCCUACAACGGCAACAUAAUCACCGAAUCCGCCGUCGUCGCACAGUUCAUCGCAGACGCCCACCCAUCCCAUCUUCUGCCCCCGUCCGGCCCCGCCGACAACGCGCUCUACCGGGCCCGGAUCGGCUUCUUCGUCGAUGCCUUCUUCAGUAAGGUCCAGGGUACUUUUAUGAAGUGUGUCAGGGCCUCGUCGGAGGCUGAGCGCGAGGAUCUGACGCUGGAACUGGUUGCUGCUAUUAAAAAGGAGAUUGAACCGCUUCUGGCGGCGGCGGGGCAGGGUAAGGGCCCGUUCUUUGGGGGGAGUGAAAGGUUGACUCUCGCCGAGGUCCAGUGCGGCUCAUUCCUCAUUCGCAUGCUCACUUUCGCCAAGCCGGAGCAUGGCCUCCUUAGCACGAAGCUGCCUGCUCUGCUCGAGCAGCAGACUCCGCGAUUCAAGCGCUGGGCCGAGGCAACGGUUGCCCAUGAGAGCGUGAAUUUCAUUUUUAAUGAGCAGGAAAUUGUGGAUCGGACGCGGGCGAAGCUUGCCGCGGCUUCAAAGGUGUAG